AUGGCUGCAGGGGGAGAAGAUAAUUUCACUUACUGUCCAGCAACAGGCCUCGCUAAAGGAAAUGAGCGCUCAGAAUUUGCUGGCUGGGCAUUUCCAUUUCCAGGGGUGUUUCUGAUGGAGGAGUUCAUUAGUGAAGAUGAAGAAUCUGAGAUAGUUGAACUGAUGGAUCGAGAUGACUGGAAACCAUCACAAUCCGGCCGAAAGAAACAGGACUAUGGACCCAAAGUGAACUUCAAGAAACAAAGGCUGAAAGCUGGCAGCUUUACCGGUUUGCCAAGUUUCAGUAAAAAGAUUGUGGCACAAAUGAAGGCCUGCUCGGUGCUAGGCGGUUUCUUACCUGUUGAACAAUGUAAUCUGGACUAUGUGCCAGAAAGAGGUUCUGCCAUCGACCCACAUUUUGAUGACUGGUGGCUUUGGGGAGAGCGCCUGGUUAGCUUAAACUUGCUCUCAAAAACCGUGCUAUCCAUGUCUUGUGAUUCAGAGGACAGUAUCCAAUUAUUUCCCACUUUCAGCAAAGAGGGAAUCAACUGCAUUUUACCCCCAAGGGUUGUGCCAAGUAAAGAGGUGACUGUUGCCAUUCACUUACCCCAAAGGUCUCUGGUGGUGCUGUACGGUGACGCACGGUACAAGUGGAAACACGCAAUUUACCGCAAGCAUAUAGAGCAUCGCCGAAUCUGUGUCACGUUCAGGGAGCUGUCUGCAGAGUUCAGCAGCGGAGGAAAGCAUGAGGAACUGGGUAAAGAACUGCUAGAAAUAGCUCUUUCAUUUCAAGGAAGACCAGUGUGA